UAAUUAGUCGAAAAGCAUUGUGAUCUUCAUUCCUUAAUAUUAAAUUCGUAUUAUAUAAGUAGAAGUAAUCUUUGUGAAGAUAAAUUCAAGUGAUAGAGUGAAAUUAUGGAAAUAUGUUUUGUGUUAUUAAUUUUAUUUAUUCAUCAAAGUUAUGGUAUUAUAUACAGACUUGACGAUACUGAGUACAAACUCAUGCCACCACUGAACUAUAUCGACGAUUAUGAUAGUUGUUUGCAAGAUUCUGAUGCAUUAUACUGUACAAUGCAAUUGAAACUUGUUUCGGAUACACCUAAUGUUGUAAUGGAUUUAAUAACAAACUAUUCGGCGUGGGAUUUGAAACAUUUCGAUCAUAGUAAAUUAUAUCGAGGAGUUUGUGUGACGAGAACAUGUAAUAUGAACAAGCAAGAAGUAACGAUGAACUUAAACAACUCCCUUGAGACGUGUAUGAAUGAACAUCUGUGGAAACAAUACAAACUCAAAGCCAAAUUGCUAACAUCACCUUAUUGUUAUUCUGCUGAAAGAGAUAUAAAGUUGGAUUUCUGGGACAUCAUUGUUGGAUCUAUAUGUAUUUUGAUUAUAAUUGUCAAUAUUGUUGCUACACUGUACGAUAUUUACGUGUACAAAAAACCUAACACCAAAGGUAUGGAUAUCUUAUUAUCCUUUUCAAUAAUUCGUUCCUGGUCCAGACUGCAACAUGCCGAUUAUAGAAUAAAGCAGCCAGUUGAACGACUGAAAGGAAUGGAUGGUAUCAGAGCUAUUAUCAUGAUUCACUUCGUGUUUGGACAUUCAAUUUUGCCGUUAGUGAUAGUCAUUGCCAAUCCGCAUGACUUUGAAAAGAUGUAUUCAAAUAUUUCAUGUCACAUUUUAUUGAACGGUUCCCUUAUAGUACAAGCAUACUUUGUCAUGUCAGGCAUUCUUUUAAGUUAUAACAUAAAGAGAACGACAGAGAGGAAUACAAUGACUUGGAAAAAUGUUACGAAUAAUCUAUUUAAAAGAUGGCUAAGAUUAAUACCUUCGUUCGCCAUAUGCCUCGCACUCGAGUCAACGUUGAUGCGACAUUUCGGCGCUGGCCCCUUAUGGCAGCUGCUUGGGACUCGUGUAAAUGAAGACUGUAGACGAUACUGGAUGUGGAAUUUCUUCUUUUUAGCAAACUAUAACAGCGGGUCUUAUUGCAUGCCUCAUACAUGGCAUUUAGCAGCGGAUAUGCAUAUGUUCUGCUUCGGGCUCAUAGUUUUCGCUUUGGUGCGAAAUAAAUUCUGGAAAAGAGCCAUAUUGGCAUCAGCAUUCUUGAUUGGAAUUAUAUCAUCAGGAAUAGUGACGUAUAUAUAUGACUUGAGAACUUUGAUGACCGUCAAACCGAAUUCGUUGCUACAGACAUUCACGAAGGAUCCUAAUUUCGACUACCUGUACAAACCUACUCACACCAACGCUCCAGCAUAUGUGAUAGGACUGAUCACUGGCGUACUUAUCUAUCGUUUACAGAAAAGUCAAUUUGAUAUACAGAAGUACAAGAAAUUCAGGAUUUUAUACUGGAUGCUCUUACCUACUACCUACGUUAUAUUAGUCCUAAAUAUUAUUCACUACCAGGAUGGACCUCCUUUACCAUCUUACAUACGAGUUUUUCAUCAAAUGCUGCUAAGACCUUUGUUUGCAGCAAUGUGCGCAGCAGCCAUUGUUGGCUUUGUGUUUAAAAUAGAGAAUUUCUAUCGUGCUAUAUUGGAGUGGGACGGUUGGAUUUGGGUGGCUCACGUCGCUUAUACGACAUAUAUAACGCAGUUCACCGUAAUGGGACUCAUAGUCAACAACACAAAAACUCUCAACGUCUUUUCAAAAUACAUUUUAGUGCAGGCUGGAGGGAUAACUAUUGUUACAUUCGCUGUCGGAGUCAUUGUGUGGUUGUUGAUCGACGGUCCCUUUAGCAAUAUAGUCAAGAUUUGUAUGGAAACUCCUACAACAAACAAGCAAUCUGCUAAACUAAAAUAGUACCUAAAAACCUAUGUCUAACGUUGUGUUCAAUAUUAAGACAAUGAUCUACUCAUCAU